GAGCUAUAUAAAGGCCACCAACACUCCACGCACUCACAGUUCCCUGCUAACUCCCUAAGGAACACUAAGAUGCAUUUCUCCUUCCUGACGGCGCUCUUGAUGGUGGCAAUGGUGGCGGCGGCUCCUGAGGCCCAGUACGGCUAUCAGGCCCCUAAGUGCAAGCCUGAGAUCCAGUACGUGACCCGGACGGAGACUGUGCCCGAGUACGUAACCACAACCCAGUACCAGACUCACACGCAAUACCAGACUCAGUACCAGCCGCACUACGUCACCCAUACGCAGCAGGUGCCACAGUACGUCACCCAUACGCAGACGGUGCCCGAGUACAUCACCCAGACGGUGCCUCAGUACGUCACCAGCACGGAGUACGAGAAGCAGUACGUCACCGUCACCAAGCCAUGCCCGAGCUCAGGAGGUUAUGGUGGAUAUCACGGCUAAUGUCUCCCGAGGAGUCUCCGUGGUGUUUAAGGCUCGGAAACGGCUUUUACAAUUUAUAUAAUAAACAGUUGAAUAAA